CCGCCGAAACGCUGCACAUCCGGGUUCUCUGUGCGGGUCCCGUGAGUUUGAUCGGAAAUACGCGGCGAGAACGGAAGGAAAACAGGAGUAAAAUAAACUGAAUUCUGAGCAUUAAACUAAUAAUGAGGAUAUAGAAACAUUAACGAAUGAAAUAUAACCAUUAACAAGAUAUAAAGUCUUUCAGAGGGGAUUUAAAAUGGCUUUGUUCAGACUGAGGGAUGAUCAUCUGUUUGAUUGACAGGAGCGCGGUCGGACAUGUGGUGGUUUCAGGAGGGCUUGUGCAUCCUGCCCGUGGCACUGGUCAUCUGGACCGCCGCCACCUUCAUCUUCGCUUACAUCACGGCCGUCAUACUGAGACAUGUGGACCCGCUGGUGCCCUACAUCAGUGACACUGGGACCGUUGCGCCGGAGAGAUGUGUGUUCGGACUCAUGCUCAAUGUGUCGGCAUUCUUAGGUGUCGCUACGAUGUACGUGCGCUAUAAGCAGCUUCAGGCCCUCGUGGACACUGACGACACUCGUCUGAACCGCCUCAAUCUGCUGGGGUUCGUUCUGGGCUGCGGCAGCUCGCUCGGCAUGUGCGUCGUAGCAAACUUCCAGAAAACCACUCUGUUCUCGAUGCACCUGGUGGGCGCCAUUCUGACGUUCGGCGUCGGCGCGCUCUACAUCUUCGUCCAGGCGCUGCUGUCGUACCUCAUGCAGCCGCACGUCCACAGCAAAGCCAUGUUCUGGACGCGACUGAGCGUCGGCAUCUGGACGCUGGCGAGCAUCAUUAGCAUGUUUGUGUCGUCGGUGAUCAUGUACAGCACUCUUUCUGGAGUCGAAGUCAACAAGAAGCUCCACUGGACACCCGGAGAACCCGGUUUCACGCCGCACAUCAUCAGCACCAUUUCCGAGUGGUCUCUCGCGCUUUCCUUCAUCAGCUUCUUCCUCACCUACAUACGAGACUUCAAGAAGAUCAAUCUGCGUGCCCAGGCGCAAAUUCAGAGCAACCACCUGUACGAGUCGCAUCAUCACCGGCCCGUUCCUCCACGUGCGCCGACAGAGACGUCGCCGCUGCUCGCCGGGAGCAUCUAAUCACGGGACAGAAGGACUCUGACGCUCCAGCAGAGGGCAGCGACACUCAGGGUUAAAGGCAGAAAUACAGGACUGACCGUGUAGAAGCGCUGAAACUUCAUACUAACAUUUACACAACGUUUGUACAACAUUUACACAACCGUUUGAAAUGAUGCUCUAAAUAUUGUGUUUGCUUCAGUGGUUUUAAUGCUUGUUUUUCUGCUGUGAGUUUGUUGGUGGAGACUACAAACAUGUUUUAUAUUUUUGUUCUAGAUAUAUCCAUUACGUUCAUUUUUAUACCACUGUAAAACUGCAUAAUAUCCUCAUUAAAACUGGUAUUAGUGGGUGAAUUUUAGACAAAAACAUUUGUGACUCAUAUUUCACACAACAAAUCCAGAAAAUAAGCUAAAAACUGAUUUUAAUUUCAUUAAAUAAUGUUAACUAAUGAGAAUCAUCAUUGACAAUAUUAAAAAAAGACAAAACAGUCAGACAUAUUACAGGAAUUCAGGAAUUAAAUGUUUAAUUGUCAUGAAAAUAAUGUCACAAUGCAAAAUACGUCCUAAAACAGGUUUCGAUUUGUAUAAUACUAUAAUAUAGUUUCCUAUUUUUUGUUGUUUUAAUGAGGUGAAAUAUGAGCUGAACGAGAUUCACUCAGCAUCUGUAUCACUUUAUAUUUUAUUACAUUAAAACAAUACAAAUAAACAGCAUUAAAUAUUCA